GUCAACACAGCUCGCCCAUCGUAUUCAUGCGGAAGCAUGUAUAGGCCAACGACCAAGUAUGAAUGGUGGCUAUGCGGCGUGUUGCUGACACAGGCAGCUUUAACCAUCAUCUCCGAGGUCUAUAUACUUAUUGAAUGGCAGCAAUGGGUUACCCCAACAAUCAAUCAAGUGCCGGUGUCCUACUUGAUACCGAUUAACCUAGGCAUUUUGAUUUUCGCGUGCUUGUUUGAGUUCAUUCUAUCCUUGGAUGCAAUGCAUCACAAGAAUAACAUUCUUCUGUUUGCAGUCUGCAUCUGUAAUGCGUGCAGUUUCGGCUAUUCUGUGAUGCAAUUUAUCGUGAUGAGAGAUACCACUGCGAGACUGUUCAAGACACGAUUUGGGUAUCCGACUUUGGUGGAUACUACACGCAAUGUCUGGCCUCGGGUUCAGCCUGCAGAGAUCCUUGUAUGUAUCUUUACAGGGUUCUCUGCUCUGAUUCUAUGCCCAAUUGCAUAUUUAAUCCAUAGGCAUUAUUCAUGGGCCAUCUACAAGUCUGUUCACGGCAGCUUGGAUACUCGAAUGCGUUACCUGGCUUAUGAGAUUUUCCUCGUACUAAUAAAGCUCGACUUCUAUUUUCUGAUUGGUUUCAUCAUACAAUACGACUUGGUAUAUGUGCAUUUUAAGGAACCAGAAUAUACUCUUACAAUGCUUAUCAUUCCCGCUGCCAUCAUUGCGAUAUUCCUUGGUGUCUGGUUUGUCCAGCGCGAACGAACCAUUGGUGCGGUUGCUAUCAUUAUGUGCUACCUUGCCUUAAUCGCGUAUCUUAUUAGCCGGAUUGUCAUUCUCUCUUCGGCAAACACAGCUGGGAAGAGUAUGAUGCUGUUCUUUGCAUCUUUGACCUUGGUCCUGACUGCCGGAACGGUUCUUUGCACUGCAAUUUGCAUCAAAAACUUCAAUCGGGGUUUGACGACCAUUAACCAGUCGAAGAAUGCCAAUGCUCGGGAAUCCUACCUCUUAUAUAAUAGGAGCCCUUCCGCGGAGCUGUCUCCUGGUUUUCCGCGUUCUUCCUCGCGUCUCACACUUGAUUAAAGCAGGCAACGAGACCGCAAAUGUGACUAUACACUAAAGCUUUUGUGUAAUUUGACUAUAUACAGCCGUCUGGCGUGCAAGCAAGAUAAUAUUGUGAGCACAUUUAUAAAAAAUCCAC